AUGCCGUCGUAUCAGAUGCUGUGUAUCACCACCCAUUUCAAGGAAUACCAACACAUCCGCGAACUCGUUCGACAGUCGGCCAUGCAUGUCAUGAACGCUGGCGGCGCGGUCAGAAAUCUGAACUACUGGGGCACUCAAAUACUGCCGCAGAGAAUGUCUAGGCAUGGGGUAAAGCAGGACCGAGGAGAUUACUGGACCAUGCACUUCGAUACGUCUCCUCAGACUCUGCGGUCGCUGAAUGGGAUAAUGCGACGUGACCCAAGAGUUCUGAGAUGGACGGUGCUGAAUCUCGGGUCGAAGGUAGAAGACGUCGCUGAUGCCAGCAACAAAAACCUGAAAGGUGCUGCUGGCGCGCUGGAAAUAUCAUGA